UGACAUGUUAUGUUAAGCUUUAUUAUAUAAGGCACACUAUAUUCUUUAAAUAUUUGCAUUGUGACUAAAUGGUAGACAAAUUAGUGAACACAGAAGCUAAUACGAAGAGAAUACAAUUUGUUGAAAGUUGUUUUGGUAAUUCAGGACAGCCCUUAUUAAUACCUGGAAGAGUUCUAGUAGGAGAAGGUGUAUUAACUAAAAUAUGUCGGAAGAAGCCAAAACCUAGACAAUUUUUUUUGUUCAAUGAUAUCUUAGUUUAUGGGAAUAUUGUUAUAAAUAAGAAAAAAUAUAAUAAACAACAUAUAAUUCCUUUAGAGGAAGUCAAAAUAAAAUCAUUACCUGAUGAAGGAUCAUUAAAAAAUGGCUGGCUGAUAUCUAGCAGAAGUAAAUCAUUUGCAGUUUAUGCUGCAACCAGUACAGAGAAAUCAGAAUGGAUUGCACAUAUUAACAAAUGUAUUUCAGAUUUACUUAUUAAAACUGGUAAAGUUGCUUCUUCAGAAUAUGCUGCUCCUUGGAUCCCUGAUUCUGAAGCUUCACAAUGCAUGCACUGCAAAAAAUCACAAUUUACCUUGAUCAAUCGACGACAUCAUUGCAGGAAUUGUGGCCUGGUUGUAUGUAAUAUGUGUGCCAACAAGAAAUUUUUGCUCCCCCACCAAUCUUCUCACCCUUUAAGAGUUUGCUUGACUUGUUAUGACAGGCUAUCCAAGACUAUUGAUCGAGAAUUAGACCCUACUGGAGCCAAUAAAUCAUUUACUACGUCUCUCAAUCAAAGCAAAAAUGAUGCAAACAAUUCAAACAGUGAUUCGUCCUCUUCUGACAACGACGAAGAUCUACCUUCCUUGCCAUCAGAAAAUCCGUCUACCCAAAGAGACAGUUUCUUCACAACAUCGACCCCUCUUGACAACAAUGUAGACCCGGAAAUUAAGAACCCCAUCUUGGGUAACCAUCAUAAUGCCCUACAGGGAGAUGAGGAAAGAAAUAAUUAUGUUAUAAGACGGUCACCUCCUCCCAUCCCACCUCCUCCUAUAUCUUCUAUCGAAAAAUCUCUUGCUGUCACUGACGCCAAUGCGGAAUCUAUAAACGGGAAAUUUCAUCAGCACUUGGUUAACGAUCUUAAGAAGUUUGAAGGAAAGCACCCAACAGGAAAAAUCGGAGAGGAAGAUAAGAAGUUGAUUGAUUUGGGCCCAGAUUCGGAGAUAUAUACUGAAAAGGAAGACACCAAGUUGAGUAAAGACUUGCAUAACAUAGUACUUAAUUGAAAAUCUACUUGAUAAAUAUACAAUUCACCUAUAUCUUUUAGCUAUAUUAAUUUUUAAAUUCAACUAUAAAUAUAUCGUUAAAUUUUUAAACAAUUUAUAAAAAUGUAUUACCUAUUAUUAACUUCCAUGUCCUUGUUAAUAUAUUUUUUUCUUUUUUUGGGUUGCUUUUAAAUAUUAAAAUAUAAAUUUAUAUAAUUAAUUUUUUAUAUUUAUAAACACUAACAUUUUAAUUAAAAUAUUUUAUUUAAAUUAUUGCAAAAUAAAAAUAUAUUAUUGCUCCACAAUUAGUUAUAGUAUAAACUACACAAUUUAAUAUUAUAAUAGUAAAGCACAAAUUUUUUAUCAAAUUGAAAUUUUUUUUGAAGAUUAAUUAUUGCGAAUAAAUUUUUAUUGUAGUUCAUGUACGAUAUCUUUUCAUUUGAAUUUUGUAUGAAUGAUAAUGUUUAUUAUAUGAUGAUACC